AUGCGGUUUCAGUUUAGUGAAGCAAGCGACGGGAUUACUUCUGCUAUCUGUGAAAGCGAUGGUACUUGUAAUGAUGGGGUUGCUGCUGGCGAAGCUGAUAAUACUGCUGGUGAUGGUUGCAGUACUGGUGCUCCGGUUAGUGGAGAUGGUAUCGGUGGUAAUGCUGUUAACGGUAAUGGAACCGUUGGUGGCGGUGGUAUCUUGUGGGAAACGAAUAAUGCUAUCGGUGGCGACGAUGGCAUCUCUGGUAUUUCUGAUGGCGAAGACGUUAUCGCUGGUAUUUCUGAUGAUGUAGAUGGUAUUUCUGAUGGUGACGAUGGUAUUUCGGGUACUUCUGAUGGCGACGAUGGUAUUUCUGGUGGCGAGGAUGGUGAUUUUGGCGGUGAUGGUACGGUAGCUAGUGGAAAUGUUGGCGCUGUUGGUGGCGAUGAUGUUGUUGUCGAAGGCAGUGUUAAUGCUAUCAGUGGAGAUAGUGCCAGAGCUGUUAACGAUGAUGGUAUCGCUGGUAGCGCUGAUGGUGAUAAUGGUGGAAUUGGUAAAGGUGGUAACACAGCUAAUGGUGAUGAUGGUGCUGCCGUCGAAAGUGGUAUCGUAGCUGGUGGUGAUGAUGCAACUGGCAGCGCUGAUACCAUAACUGACGAUGAUGAUGUUGCUUCCGUUGGCACUGUUGCUGCAGCUGAUGAUAAUGACGGUACUAUUGAUGGUGACAGUAUCGCAGCUAUUGGCGAUGAUGGUAGAGUUGUAGGCAAUGAUACCGCAACCGGUGGAGACGACGGUGCUGUUGAUAGCAACGGCUCCACAGUUGAUGGCAACGGCUCCACAGUUGAUGGCAACGGCUCCACAGUUGAUGGCAAUAAUACCAGAGCCGAAGACGAUGGAAUCGCAGCUGAUGAAAGCAGUGGUGCCAUUAGUGGCUGCAACGGUGCUGCUAAUGAAAGCGCUGGUGGUGAUGGUGGUGGUGAUUGUGGUGGUAGGGGUAGUGUUGGCAGUGUUUUCCAUGGUUCCAGCAUUGGCAACGAAGGGGAGCGCAGCUCUGGUAACAGCGGUAAUUGUCGCCUUGGAUCUGCUUCUUGUGGCCCUAACGGAAUAAAAGUCUCCUGUUUGACAUCAUCCGGCCAUGGUGGCUUUGUUUCUGCUGCCACUAAAGGAGCAAACGUCUGUUGCUCCACUUCAUCAGAAUGCCAAGAAUCUGGUUCGGGAAGCGCUAAUGGGGCAGGAAUCUCAUGGGUAACUUCUAGAAAACUCGAGGUCGUCCUGGAUCGCUUAGCUUUUGUUGCUGAAAUUUAA